AUGUCUCUAGAUUCGUUUGAGAUACGUGCUCAAUUGCGGCAACCGUCUGAAGGUUCUGCUCCAUUGGACUGCAGUGUUUCAUCUGUCGUGCCCACGCUGUUGAUGAUGAAAAGUCUAAAAGGAGAGACGCAGGCUAGUUCUCCAUUUUCGAAGGACGUUUGCAACUGCACACCCUCCAACCGGCCAAAGUUACGCAACCUUUCUAUCAUCGUGGAAUCUUCUCUCUGGGUCCUUGAUCUUUGCAUCAUACAACCGCAUAUAGAUGUCUUCCUACCAUUUUCAUGUUCGGAAACUGUACCCGUAACCACCUUUUCUCCACAGACAGUGGCCCAUCUGACAUCCCUUGCGCUCCCAUGUUCUCUUAUGGUUUGUUGCUUGCCGUCUGGUCUAGAACGCCCGUCCUUUUCACGAGCGGUGGAAUGGAUUUGUAAAAUUUAUGGCUUUCUUGAAGACCUCGAGACACCGGCGGUGCCGUAUCGCUGGAACUUAAAUGUGGGAGACCUGCUGCUAUCUCACGUUCUCGUUAAGGUUCUCCUUCGCCUGCGGUGCCUAGAGCUCAUCCAGGGACGCGACCUUUCCUUCAAAAAAUGUACCAAGCUUUCCAUGUCGUUUACCAGGAGCGCAACCAAUCAUUUCUUUUCUGCCUCAAACCCGUCUUCCAGAGACCCUGAUGUUCCUGAUGUUGAAUCUAGAACAAGUUGCGUAGUUGAGAAACCAUAA